AUGCUGUAUAAAUUCUUAAUAGUUUUAGUGGUGAUUUCAUUAAAAUUAAGGACGUUAAAUGGUCAUAAUACGAAGGACAUAGCGUGGAAUGGCGGACCAGUGAAUCUUCAAUGCGAGUUCGGCUCAGAUUUGUGGACUAAUGGAUAUGUGAAGGAAAACGUGAUUGCUGUAAAGGCGGUACAGUUUCAAGAUAAUAUCUAUGUCAUUACACCAAGAAUGAAGCAAAAUGUACUGGCGACUCUUUGGUUGAUUAUUCGAGACAAAAAUGGUGUGGAACUCCAACCUUAUCCUGAACUACGCGAUCACAAGCUAACUGACUGCAACGCUAUACAAAACGCUGUUGAUUUCUAUUUGGAUCAUCUUGGAAAGCUGUGGAUCCUCGACACUGGAGUCAUCGAUACGCUAAAUAAUCCAAAAUGCACAUGCCCUCCAAAAGUCGUCAUCAUUAAUUUACUCUUCGGAAAGUUAGUUAAACGCAUCGACAUCAGUUCUUCUCAUUUGGAAGCGAAUUCUUUAUUGCAGAAUAUAGUCGUUGAAUACGAUAUAAGUGGAAACACAUUCAUAUAUGCAUCAGACGCGUCACGUGGAGCAAUUAUCGUGCAUGAGAUGUCAUCAGGCGCUGGGUGGUCAGUAAUUGCCUGUGGUCCAGCCACUGGCUUACAGAUCUCCCUGAUCAAGCGGAUGGCACACACCGUCUUAGUUGUAGUCAGACUGCACCACCCUGGCAUCGUUGAACUAGACACCACAGCACUACGAAGAAGAGAUUCGAUUGCUCCACUCACAGUUUUUGGUGAGCAUAGCAAGCCAAUAGUGCUGUUGGGUGCAGACAGUUACUACGUGUAUCUCCGUCAUAUUGAGUGCUCAGAUGUACUGGUGUGGAACACGCGGGAGCCGUACAACUCAUCCCGUCUGGACAACAUACACUCAGCCGGCCCUCGGUUGGCUACUACAUCGGUAGCUGCGGAUCCAUUGAAACCCGUGUUACUAAUCCUUGACUCAGACUAUCUAACUACGCUUCGCGGGAAUCCGCCAACAUAUCAUAAAAUAACUUUUGUAAAUAAAAAAUUGCGUUAA